AGUAUAAUGGAAAAAAACAAGGCGAAAAAUAAAAAACCCUCCUUUGAGUUCUCCCUAUCCUUUGUGAAAGAUAAAGAUAAACCCUUUCCGAAAUUCCUACACCCAAACAGUAAACACACUCUUCUCUCUUUCCUCGCCCGUUACUAUUACCAAUUACCCAAAUGGGUUUUCUAUGGUGGAAGCGCAAGAAUCCGACAGCCGAUACAAAAGCACCCGAAAAAUCAAAAGGCGGUGAUUCUGUAGAAGGGAUGAACGGAGCAAUGGAGGUCCGACGCCCUGCUCCGACUGAAGUUACCGUAUUUGAAUUCGGGUCGAUUGCAGCUUCUGCAGAUAAGGUUACGCUUGCCGGGUACUGCCCCGUUUCUGAAGAACUGGAGCCUUGUCGUUGGGAAAUUCUACCCACUGCUGAUUCUAAUGCCCCACAAUUCCGGGUUGUUUUCUGAUCAUAUUGUGCUUUCUUCCAUGUAAUUGGAAUUCAACAUUUGGUUUUUUUUUUUUUUUUUAAUUUUAUACUUGUAGUUUUAAUGUCUGUUAUGAACUCUGAAGAUGAUAAUUUCAUUAUGAUUUAUGGGAGUGAAAAAGAUUGAUGGGAUUGUUGGCUUUA